AUGCACAGCUUCGAUGGCUCGAAAUCGUCGCCGAUGUGCCCCAAAGGCACUGAGGCAUUAUGGGCGUGGGAAUUUAAACGUGACAUAAGGAGCGUCGUGUCGGGUGACGAGUACCGAGUACCGAGUACCGUCUCACUCUCUCCUGCUGACCAACGAGUGGACAAUUUCUCAAGCGACAGCGUCUACUCAAUGGACCCUGGAACCUCACUUCACCGGACUCAGAGUGGCAAGAUGAUGCCUUUUCCUCUUGAUCACGAAACAGUGUUACGAGGGUGUCGAUGA